UGUCUCUUCCUAGCAUUGGAAGAGAGUGUAGAGAGCCGCUCUAUUUCUUGCAUGUAGAAGUUGCUGGUUUGGCGCUAGCAUUUUCAGAGCUCAGUUCGCUGUCCACUUUUCUUCUGCAAGCCCCCAACCCACAGCUUCCACCACACCUCAAGCCUCUUCACUGGUACUGGGUUGGAAAACGAUGGCCGGAGUUCUGAACUUCUCUGCACCCGUACUUUCCCGAUCACCCUGGCAUCGUCGAGCACCACGCAAUAGAGUUUCCAUUGUAGCAUCUGUUGAUUUCUCAGAAAAGCCUUCUGCUUCCACUUCACCUAGCACCAAAAAAGAAGAGCAGGAAUCUGGGGUUUCAUCGCCGCCUCCGGCAUUUUCUCCGCCGCCUAAUUUCAAGCCGCCGCAGCCGAAGCGGUUUGCGGUGAGGCCUGACCGGACUUUUGACAUCUUGGGGGCUUCUCUCGCUUUGUUAUUCCGCUUUGGGACGGGAGUUUUUGCGUCCGGGUAUUCUGCAUCUUUGGUGCCAAAGAAUGAGAUUCCAUCUGGCCAGUAUGCUCUAGAACUUGCUGGUUACAAAUUGAAAGAAAGUUCAAAACUAGGACCUCGACCAGAGAUGCCAAUUGAGAUAUAUGAGUUUGAAAGCUGUCCAUUUUGUCGGAAGGUGAGGGAAAUUGUGGCAGUAUUGGAUCUUGAUGUUCUGUUUUAUCCUUGCCCAAGAAAUGGUCCAAAUUUCCGUCCUAAGGUUGCUCAGCUUGGUGGAAAACAGCAGUUCCCAUAUAUGGUUGAUCCAAACACUGGAGUUGCGAUGUACGAAUCAGAUGACAUAAUUAAAUAUUUGACUGGGAAAUAUGGUGAUGGAAAUGUCCCUUUUAUGCUAUCACUUGGUCUAUUAACCACUUUGACUGAAGGUUUUGCUAUGAUUGGUCGUAUAGCAAGGGGGACUUCUUACACUCCUUCAAAAAUUCCACCUGAACCACUUGAGGUUUGGGCAUAUGAGGGAUCCCCUUUCUGCAAGCUAGUACGUGAGGUAUUAGUAGAGUUAGAGUUGCCACACAUACUUCGCAGUUGUGCUCGAGGUAGCCCAAAAAGGCAGAUUCUGUGUGAGAAAGCUGGAACUUUCCAGGUACCCUAUCUAGAAGAUCCAAAUACUGGGGUGCAGAUGUUUGAGAGUGCAGAUAUUGUGGACUAUCUAAGGGCAACUUAUGCUGUUCAAUAAGUAAAGAUUUUAAAGAUCUUUUAUGAUUUUUCUUUUCGUGCCUUUGUAUUUAAUUUUUUUCUGGUCUUUUCUAAUAAACAUAUUCACGUGUAACUUUUUUGUCCUAUAAAAAUGCUUCCAAGAAAAUGUAUCCAAUGUUCUUGAUCUUUUCCCUUGAGAAA